GUUAUCUUCCGCACACUUCCCAUUUACGCGUCGAGGCUUCCUUUUCAUCCCCUGCUAAGCUUGAGAUAUCCCGAGGAAAGACAGAACGAAAAUGUCCCAGAGAGGAGCGCUGCUCAUCGGCAAUCUUGCGCAUGCGCGGAAAGAAUGGCAGGCAUGCGGAGAGAUUGCAAAGUUGUAUGAAUAUCCAGAUGGCUCACGACAGGACUUCCUCUCGAGGUGUAGAAAUGGUGAUUUCAAGGACGUCUUUGCGCUUUACCGAAGCAACGAUUCGAACAAGAUCACGGGGAAUUUCAACGACGAACUUCUUGACGCCCUUCCACUGACGUUGAAAUACAUCUGCCACAAUGGAGCGGGAUACGACAACAUCGAUGUUGCGGCGUGCACAAAGAGGGGUAUUUCAGUGUCAAGUACACCCGUGGCCGUCAACGAUGCAACAGCAGACGUCGCUCUCUUUCUAUUGCUAGGAGCCCUCCGAAAGGUGACACCGUCCUUCAUGGCUGUCAAAGAGGGCAAUUGGCGAGGUGAUUUUUCGCUCGGUCAUGACCCUAAAAACAAAGUCCUCGGCAUCCUAGGCAUGGGCGGAAUCGGUUCAGCAGUCGCGCGACGAGCGAAGGCGUUCGGGAUGAACAUCCAGUACCAUAACAGGCGUCAACUACCUCUGGGUGAGGAGGAAGGCGCAAAGUACGUCAGCUUCGAUGAGUUGUUGAAGACGUCGGACGUCCUCAGUCUGAAUUUAUCACUCAAUGCUUCAACGAGGCACAUCAUAUCUACGGAGGAGUUCAACAUGAUGAAGGAUGGGGUAAUUGUAAUCAACACAGCUCGAGGACCGCUCAUCGAUGAAGGAGCGUUAGUGAAUGCGCUGAAAAGCGGGAAGGUGUGGACAGCGGGUUUGGAUGUGUUUGAGGACGAGCCAAAGAUCCAUCCUGGGCUGCUAGAGAGCGCUAAUGUGGUGCUGCUGCCGCAUAUCGGAACGGCAACAUACGAGACACAGCGCGACAUGGAGCUUCUGGUGUUAGACAACCUUAAAGAGGCCUUCAAAAGUGGCAAGUUGAUCACACAAGUGCCGGAACAGAAGCUGUGAAAGGCGAAUAUCUGAGGUGUCGGGCUUUGGAAAUAUACUUGGCGCUUUAAAAGGCAUCAUGGGAGGCGUUUUCGGUAUUGUGAGGACUAAUUCCCAUGGAAAUUCCCAUAGAAUAUGAAAGGGUGUACCCAUUGGUAAAAAAAAGGGUGGAUACACCCUAAAAGAUGCGAUUUGUGGAGAAAU